AUGCGGGCGGAACGGGCAUGGUGGGAGAAAGACGAGGACUGUGGGGGAUGGACUGUUCUCAGGAAGGUCGGCGAGCGGGGCACCUCGGCCAUGGAGUAUUUAAGGACCGAGUGCGAGCCCCCAUCCGUCUCUCCUCAUCCUCCUCUCACCAACCGCACACACAUCGCCCCAAAACCCGCAUCCGAAACCUGCCACAAAACACCCUCCGCCGCCAAAAUGAAGUUCACAGCCAUCAUCGCCCUCACCGUCCUCGCGACGCUCCAAAUGGUCGCGGCCGCUCCCGCCGCCGCUCCCGCCGCCACUCCCGCCAAGGCUAAAGACAUGCACGGCGUCCGCGCGCCUGAGGGCGCCACGAUCCAAGGCUGCAGGCGAUACGGCUAUUGCUGGACUUGCUGCCACUGGAAUGCAGCGCAGGGAAAACAGGAGUGCGAGUCGGAUUGCUUGUGA